AGAGUGCCUGUUGAAGUGAAGAUACUCUAAUGGGCUGCAGAGCUGGAGCCCCUGUGGGGUCAGGCAGGUCCAAGGGUGACAUCAGCACCGAGGGAGCACAUCCYAUCUGCUGUCCACAGCCCCUCCUGUCCCCCUGGCUUGGGGACUGAGUGAUGUCCAGCUGUACAAUGCCCUUUUUCCAUGCAACAGCUCCUCUACAAGGUGAKAAGGGGGCUUUGGGGAUGCCCACAGGUGCUGACCAUCAACUUCAGUCUAUAAAUUCAUCUUUCCUCAAGCCCAUUUUCCCACAGGGAAAUCCUGAGCAGGACACAAAUAUCAUCUGUGACUUUUCCAGCUUUUCCUUCUGCUUCUUCCAACAUAAUCACAUCUACUGAUUUCUGCUUGUUUGCAGGUCUUGUUUGCAGCUGGAAGCUCAAACCACUAUUUAUUUUCUGUAUGGGUUCCUAAUCUGGAAAUGGAUCUCAUUUGCUUUACUAAAUUAGAAGCAAAUUAAGCUGAACACAUUGUGCCAUGUCCGGAUACAUCGUGGUGCUUUCACGAAAGGGGAAAAACCACAUUUGUCACUGCUGUGAUUUUCUUCUUUCCUCAGUAUCAUUAACUCCAUGUUCUCAAAAAGUACAAAAUGCCUUUAUAAACGGUAGGGUUCUUUCUUGGGGCAGGAGUUGAGGGUCCAGAGCUGCAUCUGUUGCACAUCUUUCAUCCUUUCAGCCCCUUUAGAAUAUCCCUGCCAGCACCCCAAGCUCUCUUCCCUUGCAGUCCCUCCCCUUGCUCUUAGACACACUUUGAUUAUCUGCAAUAUUGCAUUUCAUAGUGUAACUAAAUAGUUCUGAAAAUUUUCCUUUUGGCAACUACUUCUUCCCUUUUGAAUGGAAUAUUUUCACUACCUGUAAAUCAGCUUUAGGGCCUUGUAUGUCUAAGGAGAGUAAAUACCCCACAGCUCCAAAUGAGACAAGUAUUUUGCAUUUCUAUUUCCUGAACCAUCAGGGAGAAUUUUGUGUAAAAUGCAGGAGAAAUGUCAAAGUGAUAAAACAACAUUGGUUGUGGUUCAUUCUCUGGUUAGAACAGCUGGUGUUAUGGAAAACAUUCAGCACUAUUAAGGCAAAUACUUUAUAGGUUCUGCUACAUUUCAAAAACAAUUUUACUGAGUGAYAAAUACUAUAUCAGCUGAGGUUUUUGUUAUGAUUUCUAGGUUUACUGUUUUAMACUUGAAACUUAUCUGAAGUGUAUUUCUUUGCUAGGAAAGUUUGCAGCCUGGAUGUGAGAUGGACUCCCUGUCCUGCAUUUAUAGAUACAGACACCGGCUUCAGUUUCCUGCCGCCAAAACACAUUUAUUCUGAGAUGGGGUAAACACUGCUCCUUUUCAGAAGAUCUGUUUAAAGCAACUGAUUUGCAAGAUUAUUUUGUAGCUGAGAACAAUUAAGAACUCUAACAGCUUAACCAGCUGUGAUAAUUAGCGCUCACUAAGCCUAUCUUUGGGGAAAUGCAGCACACUGUCCUAUUUUAGCUCCUCCAUAGUAAGGACUGAGAAAAUAAUGUGAAUAACCAUGGUUCUCCUGAACAACUCCUUGGGAUGGGGAGCCUGGGGCAGAGUUGGGCUGGAUGUGAGCUGUCACAGCAGUGACUCCUGCCUGCCCAGCUCCCAAGGUGUGUCCUUUGGCUAACCACAGGUGAUAAAUCUAAAUUGUCAUCCUGACGUAAGCAAAACUUGUCAGUCAGGGUAGAAGUGCAUGCUGCUCCCUUCUCACAGGAAGGGGUGUUUUUACUUUCCUAACUCCUAAAAGCAGCUCCUGGGCUCCUGGUGGGGCAGUGGUGGUCCAGGGCAGGAUGCUGGGGAGGCUGCUGAGGCUCAGCCCUGGGCUGUGGCAGCGAGUGCUGGCUCGGCCGGUCCUGUGCCCCGCCAGAGCUGCUGGCAGCAGGGCAAAGGACASCCAGGACACGGCUCUGCAGACGGCUGAUCCAGGUAAAGCUUACAGAAAUGACAGAAGGCCUACAAAUUUUGAUAAAAAGGUGUUAGUAUGGUCAGGACGCUUUAAAAAGGAAGAGGACAUCCCCAGGCACAUAUCGUCUGAGGUCCUUGAYGCUGCAAGGAACAUCGUCAGGAUUAAGGUUUGCUACAUCAUGAUUGCUCUGACAGUGCUGGGCUGUGUCACCAUGGUCAUCACAGGCAAACAGGCUGCGAAGAAGGAUCAKACCCUGCUGAGGAUGAACACAGAGAAGAAGGCCAAAUGGAGGGCUGAAGUGGAGAAAGAUCAGCAGGCAGCUGUUGGGAAGUCACAGUGAUUUGGAACAGGUUUAUUUUAACAGAAGGAGAUAAGUGAUUUGCACACGUGACAUAUGGACCCGUCUUCAUUUAACUCUUUAGAACCUUUUCAUGGAAACUCUCUCAGAGCAAAGACUCCACUGCUUAAAAACUGCUCCAGAAGUCCUUGGAACUGGAAACUCCAGCUGCUUUCUGUAACUUCUGGUCUUUGUCAAGAGGUCCAGCUGAAAYGCAAAAAUCUCUUCUAAACUGGAAAGUGUGGGAAGGACAAGAGCAGGAUCAGCUUUCCAUGGUGCUGCUGGUGCUCAGGUGUCCUUACAGUCAGGAAGGACAUGGCCCUACAUCAGGGAGCACCACAUUCUGUGCAGUGCCUCAGGGCAAAUGGCCAAAGUGACCCCUGCAGGGGRAAGAGCUGCCUGGAAUAUGUUUUGCAAUCACAAAGAGGUCAAUUAUCUCUGUGUCUCAAUUAUCUUUGAGCCUGCUGCCAUCACUGUCCCCUCUCCCUUCCACCAGCACCUUUUGGGAUGCUGUGGCCAGGGGAGAGUGGGUACACGAGCGUGGGAAGAUGGAAGAGUGUGAGCACACCCUGCUGAUGGAUUUGGGCCAGAAGGGGCUUUGGGCCAGAGGAGAUGGUGGUGGUGUGGAGUGGUUCCUGUGGGGCAGCCCAGGAAAUCCAUGCCUGGGAGCCUGCCCUGGAGACAUCCCUUGUCCUGCAGCAUCUCACUGGCUUUCCUUUUCAUCUUCUGCUUCCAGUCAUUGUCAUGAAAGUUGUCUGGCACUUGCUUAGCUGUGAUUUCAGUCCAGAGUAAUUGUUAAUACAUGGUUUGCUAAAGCUGAAUUCUUUUUAAUCAUCAUAGUUCAUUAACUCAUAAUAAAACAGCUGUCCAAUUACAUCUAAAACAAA